UGACUUGAGUAUGAUCAAUGGAGCGUAUCGUUUAUGUGAUAGUGAAUUUAAGUUACGAAUGGCACAUCGAUUAUUAAGUUUCUCGUUGCGUCGCACAUUAUUAAUCUAUACGUAAACAGAACGAGAGCUUUCCCUAAUUAAUUUAAUUAAUUUAAUUUAACGAGGGAUCGCAAUUUUCGCAUUUUAGAACGUGAAUCAUCAAUCAUCGUGAACUUAUCUUUUGGGUUAUGCAUGUCGAUUGGGACACUAAACAUUUAAAAAUUUUAUUCCUGAAGUAUUGUAAAAAUGAUAUAUACAAAAGAAUGGAGCACGAAACGUCCAUGGCUUCCUGCUCGGACAACCUGUCUCUAAGGACAUGUGGACAUAACCUGGUAUGACGGGUCCUUGGUUGACAAAGUUGUUAUUUCGGUCAUGUAAAAUUGUCCUGUGGCACAAGAGACAUUCGCCUGUAUAUUGUUUCCCAGAAUUAAGCUUGACUGCAAUUUCUUUGUUAUGGACACUUUCCCUACACAAGAUUACGAGAACAAAAUGGAAGCAUCAUUCGAGUAUAGCGAAUCUGUAGUCACUGCUGCGAAUCAUCAGUGCGAGAUUGUCCAAUCUGUGAACAACCAAGCACCUUCGCAACAGAUACAAGUACAGGGUCAGGAAAACCAUGAUUCAUUGACAUUACAGCAACAACAGCAGCAGCAACCGACACAUCAAAUGACGCAGAUUGAGUCAAAUGUCGAACAGAAAGCAAUGUCGAUUAGAUUGCCUGCUUUGUUGGAUGGAGAAUACUUUACAGUAACUAAAGUGGAGGAUACUAAUGUUACAGUGCGUUGUCAGCAGUGUAAGAAACUGUUGAACGGUAAUCUGAAGUCCACUGGGAAUUUUCUUAGUCACAUAAAGCGAUUGCAUCCGACCUUGAUGGGCAAAAUAAGAUGCAAAUCUAGUCAGAGAAAGUCCGCAAUAUACGUCAACUCAACAUUACCCGAUAAAUGCUCGGGAAAUGAAAUAGUAAAGCGUGUAGUGCUACAAAAUAGAAAGUAUUGUAAAACGGAGGAAUGUACAGCUGGAAACGAAGAACCUUACGAGCACCAAUCUGCCAAUUGGAACGAUAUGUCCUUGAUUCGAGAAUCCGAAGAGUCGGAGUCCGUGGAUCCAUCUCUGAGAAUAACGCACAAUAAUUCAUUCAUGAUGGAGGAUGAAUACGAUGCGAUCGGGCGCAAUGUUGCUGCCAAGCUCAGGAAUAUGAGAGUGGAUCAAAGGAUUAUAGCUGAGAAAUUGCUGAACGACAUUCUAUUUGAAGCUCAACUCGGCAAUCUUCACAGAGAUUCGAGUAUUCAUGCAUGAGAGAAAGAGAGAUGUACAAACGGCCUUUAUCGAUAAUGUAUAUAUUUUCCAAUGAAUUGUGAAAGAACGAUUUUCUGCUUGAUUUGACGAAAGAGGACGUGAUAUGAUCAAUAGUGUUAUAUAAUUAGUUAUAAUACAUGUAUAUAGAUUGAUAUACAAAGAUUGCAUAUUCGUGGAUGAAUAGGUGAUAAUUUUUGCGAACGUUAACAUUUUAGCUUUGGAAAGACAUAUGUUCAUAUUUUUUAUGAUACAUCUUGUUAUGGUGUACUUGAGAUCAUUUUAGAUUUUCAUAUGAAGAUAAAGUUUAAAUAUUCCGAUGAUCUCAAAGAAGUAUAUACAAUCGUACAUUAUAUAUUAUCAUACUUCCUUUUUUAUAUGAAUGUAUAAUAUUGUAAUAUUUAUAAUGUAAAUAUUUUCAUAUAAUGUAAAAUAAUUCGUCAAAUAAUGAAACAUGCUGCCUAAAAGUAUUAGAUUGGUACAAAUGGUUUGUCAAUUUCCUAUUAAAAUUUUUAAAUAAAAUUAGAAAUUUCUUCAAUAUUAAAAAACGAUUUUUUAUAAAAAAAGUGUUUCGACAAUUAUUUUAGUUAAUCAGUUAAUUAGCAUAAUUAUUUAUCUAAGUUCAUAUCAAUUAAUUAAAUUAAUUCGGCCUAUGGGUAAUUUUAUAUCUAAAUAUAUUUGGCAAGUCUUUUGUGCCAAUCUAACAGCAAUUGUACCGUUUGUGUCUAAAAAUCUACCGAUUAUUCUAUAUUCUAGAAUUAGCGUAAACUACAGUCAGUUGUAAUAUAUAAUAGCUUAUAAAUAUACAAGUUUAAUAAACAA